AUGCCCCAGCUAUCACUAUUGCGUCAAGAUGUCAUAAAGGAUGAGGAUUGGAAGCAGAGAACAGAGUCUCUAUCAAACGCAUCAAGCACCUCAACAUCAGAAGAGCAAAACUCGCAGCUCGUUCUCAUCAUUCAGAAGCUCAAUGAUGAAAAUCGGCUCUUACGAGAAGAACGCAAAACUCGGAGCUUGGAAAUGGCCAAAAUGGAGCGAACGCUGGCUGGGAAAUGUAUGGAAACGAGUCAGCUGAGGGAAGAAAAGAUUGCGUCUGAUGCACAGAGAGAGGCACAGUUUAGAGCGCUACAGAAUGAGGUGGCAUCAACGAGAUGGAGAACGAAACGUGAGUUCCGAUUGGACUCCAUUGAUGGAAUCUCUGAGACACAAUCGAAUGAUCAAUUGAUUCCAUCACCUUGGUCCUCGAAAUUUCAACUCUCCAAAGAUUCAAUGAAAGAAGAAAUGCUGAAGAAUAAACUCAUCAUGUCUUUGCCGAUGUUUCAAACGCCCAAUGAUCUACCAAUACUUCCAAAGGGACCAGGGAAAAUUGUGCAAAUUUCGAAGAAGAAAGCAACGCUAUUUCCGGGUUCUUUGAAAAGACCCAAGUACAUUGUUACUGAUGAUAAUUUUGAUCGAUUGUAUCAGAAAAUGAACGAAUCGGUGUCGAUCAACGGAGAAGAAGAUCCGGAGAUUGAAGUCGAGAUUAGGAAAUCGCCAACCGGGAGAGGAUUGGCUGAUCAGGAACUACCUGAUACAACUAGUACAACUCCUUCAUUCACCGAAGAUCCCUAUGGUGAAAAUGGAGUUGUUGAGUAUUCCAACGAUGAAGAUACUCCUUUCGCUGGAGCCGCUUCUUUGGAGACAGUUCUGGAGACUGCUGGAACAACGAUGAGCACAACUAUAACGACCACAACAACACCCUAUUAUUCAAACGAUCAAGAUAAUGAAGUUGGGAUUGGAAUGGGGAAUACGGUCGAAGUCACCUCAUCGACAGAAUCCUUCCCUUAUACCUCUCCAACAACUCCACCCACAAUUUUACCUCCAGAAUACGAUAUUCCUGGAAAUGGUAAACCAGUGUCUGACUUUGAUUACGAUUCGACAACAAUCUCUGCCUCGCAAGACGAACUCGAGCCAUCUACAACACCCGAACAAAAAUUGACAUUGAGUGAUAAUGAUUUGAUCAGUGAGUUCAAAGAUCCUUACAUAAAUACGGAUGAGAUGAUGGAUAAGGUCCUUGAUCAAGGAGUUGAGAAACUGGGCACAUUCUCUGGAGAACAGUAUCAAAAGGAUUUCUCAGUGGUUCCAGAUUUUUCUGGGAAAGGCUUUAUUGUUAGUGGAACAAGUCACUACAAGGAUACGAGAGUUGAAGGAACCAUUCAUGGAGAGAAAAUCACGCAGACCCAGUUAGAUUUCUCAAAUCCUCAAAUGCUAGGGCCAUACAGCCGAAGGAAAUCGAAGAAGGCAAAGAAAGCGUUGGGAGAAAAGACUCAAUCCGUCUCGAUUCCCCUCUCGAAAACAUAUCUCAAAAUGUUGAACGAUGGGGAAAUCGAUAAGAAGCCUAGCGAGAAUUUCAAGAAAUCAGAAGACAAUUUGAAUUUAUUCCCAAUUAUAUAUUUCUAUCGAAAUGGGAGCAAAGUGAUUGAAGAGAGAAAAGAGAUGAUCAAUGGGAAAGAGGUGAGUGUCAACUUGACGAAUCCGAGUCUUUUGGGGCAAGAUUUGCUGUUUUCACCCGGAGCCAUCAUCCAUGAGCAAAUACGAUAUUCAAGAAAUUUCCGCCGACUUCACGGUGCCAAAACUCGUCGCAGUGACUCGAGCGAUGCCCCAAUUCCGAUAUCAAAAGCCCAUUUCGUUGGACUACAAAGCGCUGAAGGAGCCCUCUUUUCAUCCUCUGAAGUCCCACUGAAAGUCUUUGACAAGAAAAUUGUUCCAAAACACAAAAAUUCGUUUAAGAAGAUU